GCCUAGGGUUGCACGGGCUCGUCGGAGGCUGGCUGUUGCUAUCGCGUCCAGCAGCAGCAGCAGCAGCAUCACCAGCCGCCGCCGCCGUCAUCGUCGUCGUCGUCGUCGUCGUCGUCGUAGCCGCCGUGGUCGUCGUCGUCGUCGGCAGUAUCUCGUUAACGGCGCUGUGCACCGCACAUAGGACGCGCCUACAACACGCUCGCGAGACCACAUCAGCGCCCGCUGUCGACGCCGCCGCCGACGACGUUUCCCGCGUGCUCAUCGCCGUUAAAUCUGUUCCCGCUUACCACACCCCCGCCGCCGCCGAUUACUCUCCCGCUCGGGCGACGACGAUCGGGGUUGGUCGCCGCCACCGUCGCGGCCGCAGCCGCAGCGUUAUCGUAUAGUGACGUCGUCGUUGUCGUCGUCGUCGUCGUCGCCGUCGUCGCCGUCGCCACUGCCGCCACUGCCGCUGCAACCAUGACGACUGUUGCACACUCGGCCGAUGUCGGUGCACCCGCAGUGAUGCGAUUAUGACGGUCACCUGCCAUCCCCAAUCCCUUUAAAAUUCGCGUCCCACUCGAUUUUAUAUUAUUUUUAUUAUUUUCAUCGUCGUCGUUUUAAAAUAAUACACAUUAUUGUUUAUACACACACAUAUAUUUAUAUAUAUAUAUAUAUAUAUAUAUUUAUAUAAUAUACAUAUAUAUAUAAAUUCGUCUUCACCGACGCCACUGCCAACGAUCGGCGCCACUUCCAUCGCCGCCCGUCGUCGUCGCGUUAUCCGUGCGCGCGCGUGUACAAUAUUCUCUCGUCAGGGUAUAACAAAUGCCUGCCAGAAAAGGAUUAUUGGCGCCUCAGAAUACAUUUCUGGAUACAAUCGCGACACGGUUCGAUGGCACACAUAGUAAUUUCGUGCUUGGAAAUGCUCAAGUGCCAUCACUGUAUCCGAUAGUGUACUGUUCAGACGGAUUCUGCGAACUCACUGGGUUUGCCCGGGCGCAAAUUAUGCAGAAGGGUUGCGCCUGUAAGUUUCUUUUUGGUCCGGAUACUAGUGACGACCACGUUGCACAGAUUGAAAAGGCAUUGGAAUGCAAAGCUGAACUAAAACUGGAAUUGAUUUUCUACAAAAAAAAUGGAUCUCCAUUCUGGUGUUUGCUGGACAUUGUGCCGAUCAAAAAUGAAAAACGAGAAGUGGUGUUGUUCCUGGCUUCGCAUAAAGACAUCACGCACACGAAAAUGGCAGAAAUGCACGUGGGCAUGGACUACGAUCCAGAGGAAGCCGAACCCGAAGAACCAGAACCCGCCAGUAACGCUUACGGGCGACGGAGAAGCAGAGCCGUUCUUUACCAAUUAUCUGGACAUUAUAAGAGUGAUAAACCAAAAACCGGCAAGCUAAAACUUAACAACACAUUAUUGCAGGGCUCAUCUGCACCGCUACCGGAAUACAAAACGUCAGCCCUGAAAAAAUCCCGAUGGGUAUUAUCGCACUACGGGGUUUUCAAAACUUGCUGGGAUUGGCUGAUACUGAUAGCAACGUUCUACGUUGCGAUCGUGGUACCAUACAACGCCAGUUUCGUUAACACAGACAAACCGUCCAUGGUCAGCGACGUGGUCGUCGAGUCGCUUUUUAUAGUCGAUAUUCUGUUCAAUUUCCGGACGACGUUCGUCAACAAAAAAGGCGAAGUGGUGUCGGAUUCCAAAACGAUCGCCUUCAAUUACUUGAAGAGCUGGUUCGUGGUAGAUUUAUUCGCCGCUCUGCCAUUCGACCUGUUGUACGCAUCGGACGUUUACAGCGGAGACGAAGCUGGUUCGGGACAGGUUCAUUUAUUAAAACUGACCAGGCUGCUAAGGUUAGCGAGACUCUUGCAAAAGAUCGACAGGUAUUCGCAAUAUGGUGGUAUGAUUCUCACACUGUUGAUGCUCCUAUUUACAUUAGUUGCACAUUGGUUUGCGUGCAUAUGGUAUGUGAUCGCAGAAAGUGAACGCCGAGAAAAAGGAAGAGAUUGGGAUCUAGGAUGGAUGAACACACUCGCAGAACGUCUCCAUAAGGACGUGGACAAUGUAACACACUCAGAGGCAUACAUAACUUCGUUAUAUUUCACGUGUUCUAGUCUAACCAGCGUCGGGUUUGGUAACGUUUCAGCCACUACCGGUGCCGAGAAAAUAUUCAGUAUUAUCACGAUGCUGAUUGGAGCCCUGAUGCACGCGGUGGUGUUCGGUAAUGUGACGGCCAUCAUCCAGCGCAUGUACUCCCGGCGGUCACUGUACCAGAGCAAGUGGCGGGACCUCAAAGACUUCCUGACGCUACACCAAGUGCCCAGCGAGCUCAAACACAGAAUGCAGGAUUAUUUCCAGACAAUGUGGUCGUUAAACCAUGGCAUCGACAUACACGAGUUUUUGUUCCAGACGCUGAAAGAGUUUCCAGAGGAGCUUAGGGGUGAUGUUUCCAUGCACUUGCAUCGAGAAAUACUGCAACUGCCCAUUUUUGAGUCAGCAUCACAGGGCUGUUUGAAACUGUUAUCGUUGCAUAUUCGGAGCAACUUUUGCGCCCCGGGCGAGUACCUCAUCCACAAAGGUGACGCGCUCACAUCCAUCUAUUAUCUAUGUAACGGAUCCAUGGAAGUCGUCCAAAAUGGCAUGGUCGUUGCAAUUUUAGGUAAAGGUGAUUUGGUUGGAUGUGAUAUUAGUAUGUGGCUGGGCCAAGGAAGUGGCUCGGGUAAUUCGGGCGUUGUCGCUGGUGGUGGAACCACCGGUGGCGGUGCAGGAGGUGACACGGUGGUCAAGUCUAGUUGCGAUGUCAAAGCUCUAACUUAUUGCGAUCUGAAGUGCAUUAAUGUGCUAGGUUUGGUUGAAGUUUUGCGGCUUUAUCCAGAGUACCAACAGGAGUUUGCAAACGACAUACAACAUGACUUGACGUACAACAUACGUGAAGGAUACGAGGCCGAAGUAAUUAAACCUCACAAAGAGAUCGAUCAAAAUGGUAUAACUACGCUAACGUUACCAUCAAUAAGUGAAGACGACGAAAACUUGCAAGAAGAAUGCGACGGAUCUCCGAAAUCACCACCUUCUAGAUCACCGUUGCAUUCCAGUUAUAGUCCAAGUAGACAUAACCUCACAAAACUAUCACAAAACAGAUCAAGAACGCUGCCUCGAAGUGAUAUCGAACACAGAAAAGUCAAUGUUGACAGACUGGACACACAAGUUACUUCACUUCAUUAUCACGUCGCAACUUUAAGUCAAGAGGUGAAAAACGCCAUACAAGCGCUACAGGAGCUGGCGACGACCAGUUCGAGCGUGAGGUAUCCGUACCCGUUGCCGGCCAGGUCGAACCCGGACCUACCGGAGAACGUGAAGCGGCCGCAGAUGGCCCUGUUGCAGCGGAGUUCGUCGCACCCGCCCGAAGUGUUCGGCUGGGACGGCACCGUGUACGACAGCCCGGCGCACCACCAGUACGGCCUGCACCACCAGUACGGCCUGCACCACCUGCACCACCAACACCAUCUGCAGCAGCAGCAACAGCAGCACCACCACCACCACCAUCACCAACACCACCAACACCAACUGCAGCACCACCAGCAGCAUCCGUACCAGCAGACCAAUCAGCAGCAGUGCCUGACGUAUCAGCAGCACGCCACGUCGUCGCCGCAGCCACAUCAGCAGCAACAGCUGCAGCAGCCGCGGUACUACCACAGGUCGUCGGUGGCCAGCACCGCGGACGUGGCCGUGCAGACGGACGUCUCGGGCGUGGACGUGUUCGAGCGGUUCGUCAAGGCGCACCGGUCACUCGUGCUCGAGUGGCUCAGCGAGAGCGACCACGUGGCCGUCACCGUGUACGACGACGACGCCGUCGGAAGGCGGCGGAACGACCGGUCACCGUCUUCGUCGUCUUCGGCGGCAUCGUCGUGCUCGUCGCCGCCGCGGCAAACGCGCGCUCUACCGGUCGCCGACGCAACCACUGCUGCCGUCUCCGACCAAGCCGCCUCCGCCACUGCCGACGGACCUCCGGCCGGCAGGGACGACGCGCGAGAGUGGUACACCGUGGCCAACCCCUUGGUGGCCACCGUCAGCGAGGACAGCGGUGGCGACGGCGGCGGAGGUGGCGACGACGACGACGCCGGCGGCGGCGGCGGUGGCAGUGGCCGCGAGUCCAUCGAAAUGACGGACAUGGCGCCCACCGCUGCGGCGACGGCCGACGCUUCCGGUUCCGUCGCCAACCCUAAGUUCCAUCCGUUCGUUUGACGACGACAAGACUGAACACGCACGGACACGAGCGCGCGCGCAGACACACUUGUAGGUCGAGAUUUCACGAAACCAUUAUAAUACGCAUAUAUUAUAUGUGCGUGAAAACGUUACCGGGCGUCCGUUUGUAUAUUUUUUCUUUUUCGUUACGGUGUUUUCUUUCGCCCGCGUUUUCGUCGCCGCCCGAAAUUCGUUUCCGAACGCAUUUUCACGUAUAUAAUAUUAUAAUACUAUUACGUCCUGGUUCCUAUUUUACCUCCACAGAUAUUAUAAUAUUAUACUAUUAUUAUAGUAUCGGUGUGGUGCAGUACAGGGUGCUUUUUCUUGUCGCUGAACUCUCGCCCUUAACCGCCUUAACCUUCUAAUCUAUCUUAACUAUAUUAUGAACUUCCCGUUACGGGGUACGUCGACUGUCCUGGUGUAAUAUUUGACGAUUAAGCGCCCAGCGCCAUUGGUGAUGGAUAUACUAAUGCAAAAUGAUCUGCAGGGAGGUAGAAGAUCGUGGGAUCUUAUGUAGAAAAAAGAAUCGGAGGAGUGAUGUUCGUAUUAACACGUAAUAUUAAUAUCGUCACACAACUUACUGAUGCACCUAACUACGUAUUUUUUAUUAAAUUUUAGUUAGGUGAAAAUUAGAUUACAAAAAAAAAAAACGUUUCCAUUCCAGAUCGAUCCGUGUCGUUGGAUUUCCGGUCACAUCAUACAGUGGAUAGGGAAAAAAAUGCAAUGUAAAAAUGAAUUUAAAAACCGGUUACACGUCGUUGUUAGAGGGAUUUAAAUUGAAUAGGAAAAAUACGCGAAGAAUUAACACCUCAAGUAGACCGAAACAUAUUGUGUGCGUGUAGUACAUAAAUUAAACAAGGCGCAAGGAAUUUUAUUCUAGUGAGUUAUAGGCUAUAGUGAUUUAUGCACACUUUAUUUUUUUUUCAGCGUACAAUUUAAAAUCGUUGGUUUUGUUUUUCGUAAUUUUACCAUUGUUAUUUAUUUAUUUUAAAUUUUACUCACUUUUAAACACACUCCCAACGUUUUGUUUUCUUAUUCAAUUUUACGCGGAAUUGAUCACAACAAUAACAAUUACGUGUGUCGUUCAAAGAUAUAUUUUUCAAAGGGUAAAUAAAUUUGUAUAUUUUAUUUCUCAACUUACGCUUGCAAUGAUGUCGUUGAAAAAGUUUUUCACAAAAUAAGGCAAAACAUUGUAAUAAUACCACACACGAUAAUAUUACGCAAAAACUUCUGGCUUGAUUAUUUAAAAUACGGUUUUUGAUUAAUCAAUGAAUAUAAUGAUACCAUAAUGCCAUCACAUGUCAUACAAUAAUGUUAUUACAUCGCUUUGACGUUCAGACGUGAAAAUAAUAAUUUGACGAAAAUCUGUUCGAAUUCUUUUGCAUCGUUAUUACGUAUUGCCGUAACACACAGUGACAAUAAAUAAUUUAUCGAAAUAACAAUUGGUGGUUUCUGGUAUGCGCGUAAACUCUUACGACAAAUCUCGAUAAUAAUAUUAUUUACUGCAAUUGCGUAUUCAUUCGUACGCGUAAGACAUGCUCUGUUCAAUUAAUAGCGUUCACAUUUGAUUUCAUAUACGUGUUAUUGUUUAUCUUAUACCUAUUGUUCACGAAAGUUUGUUCGUAAUCGAAUCAAAUCAGUGAUUAUGAAAAUAUGAAUUAUUUUCAGUCAUAGAAUGAACGCAAAUUCGUACAAAAGGAUUUAACCAAUGCCAUGAGUCAUAGUACAUGCCAUUCAUCUUUUCUAAAAUGUGAACAUGGCAUAUAUUUAUAACAAAACAAUACAUUUUUUAUGAUUUUCCAUAAACAAAAAUUUGGUUUUUAAGGUAUGAUAUAAUUAAAACUUAUUUUUUAGCCUCAACCUACACAUUUCUUAUACCAUAUAGGACAUAGGUAAUAUCGUUAUGACAGGUAUAACCAUUGCAAAUUGAUUUAUUGACAUCGAACAGAAUGCCAACACCAUUUAAAUUAAUUAUAGUUUUUUUUUUUAAAAAAAACCUAUUAUUUGCGAUAGUACGUAUAUGCAAGUUCGAUUAUCUAAUAAAAUUCUUUAUCUGAAAAUGUCUUUACUUCUGCGAUCGAAUUGAAACAUAACGAUACAUUUAAUAUUGUUUAAAAAUGAAUUUUGCUAAAUCCUCGUGGGACCAAGAUAAAUUCAAACCCUUAAAAGUCUGUUUUAUGACAUAAAAUCAUAUUAGAUGAUAACUUAUUAUAUAAGGCUAACUAAAAUGUCAGUACAUUUACAGACACGUUAUCAAAACGGAAUUAUAAAAUAUUUCAUAGUCAUACCAUUUGAAUUGAAUUCAAACUUGCAACCAUUAAAAUAUUAUAUUUUAUCAGUUUUUUAUUUGAAAAAUCUUGUCACGGCUGUAAUUAUUUUAGAACGUUAUUAUAGUGGUGUUUUUCUACAUAUAGAACCGUAUGCAUAUUACAGAAUUUUCUUGAAAAAAUGAUUUAACUGUUGAAUAUUAUAGUUUGUUGUUAUUAAAAAAAAAAAAAAUAAUAA